AUGACGAUUGCGCUGACCAUCCAGCACAUGUUCUUGCCCAACUUUUGCGACACCAUGACGUUGAGCUUCUUCACUGUCGUUGCAAAGCUGGCUCCAAAUUCGCUGAAGGAUGAAACGAUCCUUUACGCCAUGUCAACAACAACGCAAGCAACCGUCGCUCUCCAGGAACACAUCACAGAACAGACAAACCGACUCAUCCAUCUCCUGGAAUCCAUCGACUACCCUCACGAGAUCUCACCCGAAGCCAUCUAUGCCCAGCUCGCAGAUCAGUUCACCACAGCAACGCCAGGAGAUCUGGCAUCAGCCGAGUUUGCUUCAACCCCUGCAUCACAGUUUGUAGACUGGUUGCUUAACAAUGUCACCGCAGAGUCCAACUGGCCUGGAUACGACAACCCAGAAGGAUCCUUCGUCAGUCUUGAUUGUGCUGACCGUGAGCUAGACGAGGAAGAAGGCGAGCAGGUCCUAGCAUCCUUAGAUCAACAGCACUGGCAGCUCCAGAACACGUUGGCUUCACUGGAAAAGGAGCUGGAGGAUAUGAAGAUCCUUGAGAGCCAGGCUACAGACACGAACAGGCUGCUCGACAUGGACAUUCAUGACACCUCGAUCAAACUAGACGCGACGGCGGCCAAGCUGGAGUCCACUGCUCGAAAGGCCGCUGUAGGGUAUCUAAGUCAAGCGCAGGGUGGAGAACAACAUAUGGACACAUCAGGCGACGCUGACCGCACUCGGCUUAGUACAUCCAACAACUUUCUCUACCAGUGUGAGGAAGACCUUGACUACAUCCAGCAGCUCGACAAGGCGUUCAUUGAGACGAGCGAGCUACUUUACAACCACAUUCUCAACUCUCUGGCUUUACCGCGGGCUUCUACAUCAUCUUCUGUCAAUUCUGCACCAUUACACUCCUUGGAUCGACUAUUGAAACGCAACCCCGGCUAUGAUCAGGAGAUCGUCCGACUCUGCUCAACGUACCGAGCCACCAAGAUGAGCCACAUUCGAGCUGUAGCCCAACUCAAGUGUCUGGAAGAGGAGCUCCAUUACAUGAAGUCAUUGGAUACUGAGGCACGUCAGAGAAUACAGGAGGAGGAGGCAGCGGAUGACGAGAACAGGACCGGUGACUACUCACUCUACACCAUUGCGAGUUCCAAGAACCUAUUGAUCCAGAAGUCAAGACAACAAGAGAUUGAGCUGAUAUCUAUUCAGCGAGAGACUGCAAGACUGAAGGACGAGAUGGAACAGCUCUUGUCGGACCCUGAGCAACCAAGGUCUGCAGGACUUGUGUCUCAAAGUCAGGAUAGAGACGAGGGUGAUGGGGCCAAUGAGAAUGAGGAUAUGGCUCGACGCGGUGUGCUCGUGGACCUGUGUGAGCGGAUCGCCCGCUGUGACAUUGAGCUCCCGUUUCUGACAGCUGUCCAUGAAGAUUCGAUGCGGGAACACGAUCAGGCAUUGAAGGAACUCAACCAGACUGUCGACCGGUUAUUGGAGUACUACUGCCUUGGCGUCGUUGUUGAGCAGACUCUGGAGCGCGAGAAGGACGCAAUCCAGUCACAGAAGGAACUUUUAUGGGCCGCAGUCUCAGAGUGUCAGGAUCUGCAGAUUCAGUCGAGCCGCCUGCAUGGAGUUGCGGAUAACCGUCAGCGACAAAGCCAAAGGGGUUUCCAGUUGGAUGCUGACCCAGUUGCUAUGCAGAAACGCGAUGCGGACGAAAUCACUCAGUUGCUGAACCGCAAUGUGGAGCUAAGGAAGGAAGCGGAUGAGGAGCGACACACUCUGCAGGAACAUCUUCAGGAGUUGGUGAACGCCAAGGAUCGUUUGAACAACCAGGUCCUGCUACAGCACUCGAGCACGAAUCAGGUCCAAUUUGUCCCGAGAACGAUCCACGACCUCAAGGAUGAUCUCUCUCAACAAGUACGCCAUCUCCAGGAAGAGCACGCACUCUUGAAGGAUAAUGUUCAACGGAUCGUCCGCAACCCACACCGCCCAUGA